UUAUGAGCCACCACUUUAAUUUUCCCCACUACGCAGUUGCCUCUUCUUCUUCCUUAAGUUUUUCUUCUCCUUAGCAAACAUAUCCAACGACUGUCGCUACUCCUCCUCCCUCUGUACCCCUCCUUUUCUUUCAACUCAUGCAUCCUUCUUCCAGCCACCGACCCGUUGCUCGCCUAUUUCCCACUGCAUGCGAUAUUUUCCCUCUGAUUCUGUAUUUGUUUUCUGUGUUGCAGGUAUUGAUACUAAUCUAUAGACAACAUCGACAGGGAGGAGCGGCGGCGGGUUGAUUGUUGUAAUGUUUGUGGUGAGGUGCGUCGGUAGUUGUCCGAUCUGGGAGGAGCGGCGGAGAUCGAUGGGCACAAGGGUUUUGAUUUGCCUUCCCCUGAGUUUUUAGGGUUUUCUACUGGAAGUAGAGGUUUUCUGGUGAAGGGAGCUGGAGAUUCUGGCGAUUAUGGCUUCUGGAAAAGGGAUCGAGCUGGGCAUAAUGGGUGCAGGAGAAAGAAGUUGGCGCCUCAAUUGGAGGAGAGCUCGGCGGCGACCAUUUUGAGGCUUGAAGAUCAACGAUGCUCAUCUGUAACUAGCCGGUGA